AUGCCCAGACGGCGUAUUCUGCUAACAGGUGCUGAUAGCCUCGCGGGAUCGCACAUCUUGAACCUUCUGCUCUCCGACAACAACUCAUCUGUUCGGGCAGUUGUGGGAUCGCCAGAAAGAGCCUACGCAAUUCAGCAUCAGCAUCGCCAAGGCACAUUGGACCUCACAGUAGUCCCUGAGGAGGAGUCAACUGUACCAGGGGCUUUCGAUAAUGCGCUGAGUGACUAUGGCGACCCUUUUCACACCGUAAUCCAUACCGUUACGGCCAAUCCAUCGGAGGAAGCGGACUGCCUGGCAAGAUUCAUCAAUCUCGAAACUACAACUGUGAUCGGCUUCCUGAAAUCGCUGCAGGAGGUUGCGAGGGAGGUAAAACGAGUGGUCAUUGUAACUUCACUCACACCCUACGCGCGGUGGCUGAUUGAUCCGCAAAUCGAGCGAAGCUCUCGGGGAGCUGCUAACGCAAUCCAUGGCUCUACCGUCGUUGAUCCCGAAUACAUUCUGGCGACAAGUCAAGCGAGUGACAACAUCAUCCACGACGCAGUGUUGAGGUGGAUGAGGGAGUCCAACGCUCCGUUCGAUAACGUCUGGAUUACUGCACCGAGCGUAUACGGCCCGACGGUGGGCCUUCUAGAGACCUCAUCAGAUCUGAUCGAGGCAAAUCGGCGUAUAUGGAACAUUUGUAGCAACGAACAUCGGGAAGCGAUGGAAUCGCCGCCUUACGGCAUCGCUCAAUUCUUAGAUGUCCGAGACCUUGCUCUUGCCAGUGUUCGUGCAGCAUAUAUGACCCAUGCUAGCAACAAACGUUUCCUUAUUUCAGCGGGAAUCAUGCCCUCGGGGUCUGAAAUCGCAAGCUUUCUCGUCGCUUGCUUUCCCGGGUUCCAGGGCCGCGUGCAAACGAAUGGAACACCAGCGUAUCGUUCCUUUGUAGAGGACCCGUCUGUUCCUUUCGCUGAUAUACAUCUCACUGCCACUAUACUGGGUCUUUCGCAAUACCAUUCCGCCGAGCAGACCCUCGCGGACACUGCGCGGCAGAUAUUAGACCUUCAACAACGGAAAGACUGGAGGAGGAUCAUACAGAGCUAG